AUGAGUUCUGGAGGUCGGUAUGACGAAGCUAUUGCAACCCUCGAAGCCAUCGAUGCGAAUACACACAAAUCCCUGAAGUACCAUCAGUAUCUAGUCUUGUGUACUGGAGUCAUCAAGUUUAAGCGAGCUAUCCGAAGAUCCAAUUGGGCCGCAUGCGCGCAUCUGCUUAAUACGGUCCAACCUCAACCCGCUGCGGACCCCUCGUCAACGCCACUCGACCCUGAAUUGUCCUUCAUUUUACAUGAAGCCCACGUCGAUUAUCUCAGCUCGCGUGCUUGCUACAGCGAGGCAUUCAUUGCGACUUCGUCACUAGCUCGGUCUUUCAAAGAGGACAACGCAGACGUCCUACAGCGCGUCAGUGUUCUUCUGAUGAAAGGUGACCUGUUCCGGAAAGUCGGAAGGCCAGAGCGAGGGUUUUCCGCGGCAAUAAGAGCAGCGAGCGUCAGUUACAAAGCCAAACUCAUGCCAAGCCUGUGGGCAGCGAUAGGCUUACUUGCAAACAUUCUCAACGACCUGGGGCAAUCGACGAGCGCGAGAAGGUUACUGGAGGGUGUCAUACCCCAAGCGAUCGAAGGCACAGACAGCUAUCUCCUCGGAAUCUUAUAUUCUCAUCUCGGGGAUGCUUAUAUGGGUCUCGCAGAUCCAAGUCCAAAAGUCAACGCGGAAACAUCAGUGCCGUCGAAUCCGAAUCGUUGGACAGCAAGGCAUGUGGCCAAGGCAGAACUUUAUACCGAUCGAGCAAGGGAGUGCUACAAGAAGACCGGGUAUUUAGCAGGCGAGUGUGAGCAGUUGAUGAAGAAGGCGGUCAUUGCCAAGUUGAGGGGAGACGAAAAGCUAGCAGAGGAAUGGGCACAGAACCACAAUCGGGUCUGGGAGGAAGGGAUGAUGGACAUGGAAGAUGGUUGA